CGUGCUUAUCGUGUACGUUUCAGUAUAAAUACACGUGAUUCAUUUGUAGUCAAGUCAACUUUAUAAUUUUAAUUAUUAUUUAAAUUAUAUAAUAUUUUAAGAUAAAAAUUCAGAUAAUGUUCUUUCAAGAAAAAUAAUUAUUCACUUUAUACAACAUGUCAAACUCGUGGAAUAAGAACAAUUAUCGUCAACAACAAGAAGCAUUUAUUUCUGGUCAUGGUGGGACAACAUCCAGAGAAGUUAUAUAUGCUAUUAUGCCAAAUAUUUGUAGUAUUUUAUUGACUACAACUAUAAUAGGUCUUUUCAAUGAGGUUAUCCAUAGAAAUAUUAGAGUUUUAAUAGAAUUUGCAUUAAUUGUAAUUCCAUCUAUUUUAUGUUGUACUAUAUUAUCUGAAUAUGUUAUUACUGUCUGUUUUAUUAUGAUGGCAAUAUCUGCUAUUAAUAUUUUAAUAUUAGGAUUUAAUUUGAAUUCUUUACCAAUACAUCAUAGGAAAUUUCCUUGCGACAAAAAACCUUUCAUUACAAAUUUCAGAGCAUUAACUAACAUAAUAACAGCAAUAUGUAUAUUAGCUAUAGAUUUUCAUAUUUUUCCUCGUAAAUUUGCCAAAACUGAAAUAUUUGGAUAUAGUUUAAUGGAUUCUGGUGUUGGAUUAUUUAUAUUAGCUAAUGCUUUAGUAGCUCCAGAGGCUAAAGAUUUUACUCCUAAACCUAGAAUAGGUUUUUUUCAUACUAUAUCAAAAAAUAUAAAAUAUACAGCAAGAAGUUGUAUUCCACUAUUAAUAUUGGGUUUUGGUAGAUCUGUUGCAAUUGAAAUUUUAGGAUAUCAAAAACACGUAACUGAAUAUGGUGUUCAUUGGAAUUUUUUUAUAACUCUUGCUUUUGUUAAACUAUUUACUAGUUCUAUAACAAGUACCAUCAAUUCAAAAUACUCAUUGUUAUCAGGAAUAUGGAUUUUGGGGAUGCAUGAAUAUGUUUUGAGUACUAAAGGGUUAAAGGAGUGGGUUUUAAGCAACAAACCAAGAGAUGAUUUCGUAUCUGCUAAUCGGGAAGGUGUAGUAUCUGUUCCUGGAUACGUUGGACUUUAUCUAAUAGGUGUAGCAAUUGGUAGAUUAAUUCAUUCCACUUAUCAGAAUUCACAAGCACAAAAUUCAUUCCAGCAUAAACUUAAAAUAAUUCAUAUUAAAUUGUUUGGAUAUGAAUUUGAUGCAAAUUAUAAUGAAUCCAUGAUUUUAUGUAUUAAAUUAUCUUUAAUAUCAGCUCAAACUUGCGCAGCUACUUUAUUUUGUGACACAUACUUUAGAGUAUCUAGACGUUUAGCAAAUGCAGGAUAUUGCAUGUGGAUUCUUACUUUGGGUGUCAUGAUACUUACGUUAUUGCUAUUGAUAGAAAUAAUAUCCGAUAUAUUAGUUUAUAAAAACAUAGAUUUAGAGUACGAUCAAAAGAAAACUAAAAUGCAGAAAACGAAUAUAAAAAAUAAACGAGAAACCGUAUCUGAUAAAUAUGAAAAAAACAUAGCAGAAAAUACCAUCGAAAUAUUCGAAGCUGUUAAUUACAAUGGUCUAAUUUUCUUUUUAUUUUCGAACUUAAUGACUGGUGGUAUUAAUAUGUUAGUACGUACGUUAUAUAUAAAUGAAUUAAAUGCUGUGCAAAUAUUGAUCGCAUAUAUGGCUGUAAAUGUAUUGUCAGUUUUAUUAUUGUACAGAAAACAGGUACAAAUUAAAUUAUAAAUAAAACGUGCGACAUUUACUAAUUGCACAUUGCAAUGUA